UGGACGGGACCAACCUGCUCAUUGUUUUCGUUCACGCUGCCUGGAUGCUCGUGGCACCAUCUCACGGAGCAGGGACUCUGUGCCCUCCGAAUUACUGCGCCAACGUCACGUGCACGCCGAUCAAGUCCAGCGAGUGUGACGGAAAGGUGGAGGUCAGAGCCAGCGACUGCGGCUGCUGCGAGCAGUGCGUCAAGCAGCUCAAUGAAGGCGACGUGUGCUUUGAUUUCACCGUGUACGGUCUCCGAAAGUGGGGGGAGUGCCAGAAGGGCUUAAAGUGCAACAGAGCGAUUUCCAAGUGCGAGAGAACCCGCAAUCUGCCCUUCAAGCACGACGACGACGAAGACAAUACGGCAGUCAUACUUGCCUAUUUGUAACACUCGUUUCCUGUCCUAUAACGGCGCCUCGACCAUGUGUUGUAGUAACACACGUUCACGCAUGCGCGGAACCAGCGCAACUACUGUACACAAGACCCUUACAGACGCGCAGGUCCGUACAGAUGUGUUUAUGACAUAUACAGAGGUGCGCAAGACGCUCCAACGUUUUUGUCAACUGCAACAGCCAACCAUAUUUAGUGCCUGUUGAGGCUGUCUCACUAAUGUCCAGAAUUAGUUAGCGCUAAUAAGCGUAUGUCCGAUAGAAGCACGGAGGCGCCCUUUGCAGCAGCAUCACAGAAGCAAAAGAACACGGCUACGCGUUUUGAAUAAACGCUGCCAUAUAAGCCAAUAUUACUUAGCCUUUAGUCAU